AGAAAAAAAAAACCAUUUUAAAAUAAUUAGUGAAUUAAAACAGUAAAUAAAUUAAAGCCAACUAAAUUAAUUUCACAUUUGAAUUUGAGGUUAGAUUAUCUUGUCAAUAUAGACCAAAAAAAAAAAAAACAUGGCAGCGUGGAGUAAUAUUCUUCGUUCAGCAGGAGAAAAAUUUAUUCGAAUUGGAACAAUUAAUUCAAAAAAUGCUGUACAAACAAUACAAACACGAAAAAUGGGACAUGGACCAGAAACUUUUCGCAUUGAACCAAGUCGCUGGCAAUGGCACAAGUGUAAAGACUUGUUACAUUUUUACAUUGCUUUAGGUGUAAUUCCAUUGUCAGUUCUUACAUUUGUCACUUAUGUUUUUGUUGGUCCUGCACAAUUAACGGAAACACCCGAAGGCUAUACGCCAAAAUAUUGGGAAUAUUACAGGAAUCCAAUUACGAGAUUUAUUAUGAGAAAUUUCAUUGAAUCACAUCAGGAGGGCUAUGAAAAAACAAUGCACAUGAUGUAUGAAGAGACAAGAAAAACUGACCUCACAAUACUUCAGGGACGUGUUAAAGCAUUAAUUAAAAAACGUAAAGAUUAUCAAGAAUAUUAUUAUAUACCCUAUAAUGCUGAACGUGUUUACAUGCAUCGUGAAUUAAACGAAUAUUUGGAUGUGCCAUUAGUAGAAAUCAAGGAGGAAGAUAAGCAAAAAAUGCGAGAAGGAAAAUAUGGUACAAAAACAAAAAUGUAAACAAUAAGAAAAAUUGAAUAACACAAGAGACAUAAAUUCUGAAUAAUUAGUGCCGCAAAAAAAUGAAUUUGCUGAAUUUAAUUAGUGAAAAAAUGUUUAAUUUCUAAUUUUUUUUUAGUGAAUUGAUGUAAUUAAUUUGCUUCAUUUAAUUAGUAAAAUAAUUAAUUAUACUAAUUUAAUAAAUAAAGAAAAAUAUUAUUAGUAAUUUAAUUAUCUUAUUGAUUAAUUAGCAAAUAAAUUAGUAGAGAAAAUCGUUUUACAAAAAAUAAUAAUAGAAAUCAUAAAAAAUUUUUUUUGAAAAUUCAUUCAUUAUUAUAUUAAAUAUUAUUAUUGUAUAGAAGAAAAUAAAUAAAAUCUUGUAAUAUA